GCCGUUUCUACUUUCACCUCGGUUCGUCUAGAAGCUUCGGGUUGACCGCGUCUCGGUAGUGUGCGGAAGUGCUCCACGUUCCUCGACGCUGCGCGUAUAAUUAUGGUGUUUGUGGUUAGGUGACGUGUUUCCAGGCAUUUUCUCGAUUGGAAAAAAGCCGCCCCCCGCGUCGUUCUCGAGAAGAAUCGCGAGGAAAGAAUGCCGAGCUGCCAAGGGUCGAGCCGCGUCCCCCGCGAGCAAUGACCUUCCGUGAAGCGAUGCGGGCGUCAGUGAUCCUUUGUUGACGCAUUCUUCAGCAUUCUUCGCCUCGCCCAAACCGAGCCGAGCCGAGUCGACCUGCCGGCCGUCACGGGAGUGAUCUACCUUUGUUUAAGAGCUCAUUCCAAGUUUCAUUCACCGCACGAAGACGCGAUGUCUCUCAGCGCGAGCGCGGAGAACCUCACUGUGGAUGGCCAUAAUGGCAAGAGCGACAGCAAUAUGUGUCUCGAACUAGCACUGGAAGGCGAACGGUUGUGUAAGGCCGGAGACUGCAGAGCAGGAGUUGCUUUCUUUCAAGCUGCAAUUCAAGCCGGGACCGAUGAUCUGCGAACGCUGAGCGCCAUUUACAGUCAACUAGGAAAUGCCUACUUUUAUCUAGGUGAUUACGUCAAGGCUAUGCAGUACCAUAAGCACGAUUUGACUUUAGCAAGGACCAUGGGUGACAAGCUGGGUGAAGCAAAGUCGAGCGGUAAUUUGGGAAACACUUUGAAAGUUAUGGGAAAAUUUGACGAAGCAAUGAUAUGUUGUAAACGACAUUUGGAGAUCUCGAGGGAACUAGGCGAUAAGCUUAGCGAAGGCAGAGCUUUAUAUAAUCUGGGCAACGUUUACCAUGCUAAAGGUAAACAAGUGGGAAGAGCACCGCAACAGGAGCCUGGAGAGUUUCCAGAGGAUAUUAAACAGUGCUUACAGAAGGCAGUCUAUUAUUACGAGGAGAAUUUAAGGCUUAUGAGGGAGCUGAACGAUUCCGCUGCACAGGGCAGAGCUUGCGGCAACCUGGGGAAUACUUUCUACUUGCUCGGUGACUUCCAGCAGGCGAUCCACUAUCACAACGAGAGGCUGAAAAUUGCUAGGGAGUUUGGAGACAAGCCCGCAGAGAGGAGAGCCAACAGCAACCUUGGCAAUUCGCACAUAUUUCUUGGAGAGUUUGAAAAGGCAGCGCAACAUUACAAACGGACUCUGGUACUCGCACAAGAGUUGGGGGAUCGGGCAGUGGAGGCACAGGCCUGUUACUCCCUCGGUAACACUUACACUCUGCUGCACGACUACCCAGCUGCUGCGGAAUAUCAUCUCCGUCACUAUGCCAUCGCCCAGGAACUGAUGGAUCGCGUCGGAGAGGGUCGUGCGUGCUGGUCUCUUGGCAAUGCUUACUCCAUGAUGGGAAAUCACGAGAAGGCUUUGCAUUUCGCCAACCUGCAUCUCAACGUGUCAAAAGAGCUCGGUGAUCCGACAGGUCAGGCUACGGCUCAGAUGAACGUGGCCGAUCUGGAGAAGCUUCUUGGGAUGGAGAGGACCACUUUAACGGAGGAGAAUGGAAAGGGCGAUGCCAGUCGACUCGGUGCUGCACCCAUUCUGUCGGCUGUUGCUACUUCUCCGGGGAGGUAUAGGUUACGUCGACAGAGCAUGAGCAAUCUGGACUUAAUUAAGUUGACACCGGACAGUAAGCAGAGGAGUCAAAACGAGCCGGUGCCAACUAGAGGUCCGAUCGCCCCGCAGGUGUCGCAAGAGGAAGAGGAGGAAAAUUUCUUCGAGCUCUUAUCUCGCUUUCAAUCCGGCAGGAUGGACGAUCAGCGAUGCGUCCUUCACGCGAACCAGGAGACCGUCGAUAAAACGACCGUCCCGCAGAAAGAACAGGACGACGAUCUUCUGGAGCUGAUCGCCGGGAUGCAGAGCAAGAGAAUGGACGAGCAGCGCGUGAUAUUGCCCUGCUUGCCUGGACUCAAUACGCACACAAAUAAUCAGGCGACUGACAAAUCAACGUUACAGCAGCCGAAGGACACCGACGACUCCUUCAUCGAGAUGCUUCUUCGUUGCCAGGGCUCACGGUUAGAGGAUCAACGCAGUCCUCUACCAAACGUGCCAAAAUUCUGCGACGACGAUAAGCAGAGCCAAAGAUCGAACGAAAACAUUCCGUCUAACAACACCAUUCCGGAGGAGGAUCUGCUCGCUCUGAUUCAGAGGCUUCAGUCGGGUCGUAUAGAGGAUCAACGUGCCUCCGGGCCUGGUAAGACUCAUUAAUUUAUAUAAAUAACAAAGUUUAUAGAUGCGCUCCCCAUACAUAUCAGGCUCGAAUAUGUAACGAUAACCCUACGAGUGUUGCAACUGCCGGCGUAAUACCUUAUCCGAGAAAUUCCGCAAUGGCUUUAAAGUAUUACGUUGAGUGCCAAAUUCUGUACAGACGGCGGUGAUUUAAGUUACGAAAGUAAGUGACUAUUACGCAGUGUACAAUAAUAAACCUAACCUAACAUCUGU